CAUUACUCUCCACGACUUGAAUUUUUUCUAUUACUCUCCAUACUAACUUUUCCAGGAAAAUUUAUUUCACUUGUUUUCUUUGCUAGGGAAAGAAGAAGUAAAGAAGGAUAGAAAAUAAAGAAAUGGCAGGAGGGGUUGGUCUCAGCCUCAGGCAACUCAAUUGUCUCGCUGUUAUGUUCAUCCUCACCGCAAGAGGCAUGAUUAGCCUCGAGGACUUGGCCUUUGUGGUUUUCUCCAUCGUCUACAUGCACUUGCUUUUCAAAGUUGCCUUCCCUCGGAAUGCCCCUCUAAAAGACUGUAUAGUCUUCGAUCAACGAAACAAGAUUUUUCGCUCGUACAUGACGUUCAGCGCCUUCAUCGGACUUUAUUUCUCGGUGGCUUACAUCAUUCACGGGAUUAGGGGUGUAAACCAGCCGAGUAGAGCUCGACCAAGGGGAGAAGGCAGCGGGCCGCAUCUUUUCCUUGUGACUAGCCAAGUUUUCAUGGAAGGGGUGGCGUUUACGGACAGGUAUUCGAUUCCGGUUCAGGUCUUUGUUCCGGUUCUUUACAAUUCCCGGAGGAUUUUCACGCUGGUGGAGUGGGUGAGGUCUGAGUUUUCAAAGGUGGAUAAUGAGCAUGCAUCUAGUAACAGAGUUUACGUUGGGAGAGUGCUUGCUUUGGCUAAUAUGGGGCUUUGGUGCUUCAAUCUAUUUGGGUUUUUGUUGCCUGUCUAUUUACCUAGAGCUUUUAAAAAGUAUUACACUGAAAUUGAAUCUAAGGUGAGGGAUUGA